AGCGUCGCAGCUGAUUGCUCCGCCAUCUUGACAGAAACGUAAACAUUCAGUCUCACUCGGUGUAACUGGAAAGCUAGCUGUGAAUCUGUUUACAGCUCAAUAAGACACACAAAAGGGCUGUUUCCUGAGCUUUUGUCAGCACAUGCAUUUUUACAAAAUGAUAACUGAGAGGUCGGAUACGCGAAACGCCCCGUAAUUGCGUUUCGUGAGCAGCAAAACAGGGAUGGAAGAGGUGGGAGGAGCUGCGAGCGCAGACUGAGGCAAAGACAGAGCGGAAAUGGACCAGGAUUAUGAGAGACGCCUCCUCAGGCAGAUCAACCACCAGAACCUGCCCAAUGGUCACGUGUCCAAGUCUGGCUUUGCCACAUGCAGUCCGGUCAGUGUUAAGUCAGGCGACAGGUUCAUACCUACUCGUGCAGGAAGCAACUGGAGCAUCAACUUCCAUUACGCCAAUGAAAACUGCUGGUCACCUAACCAGAAUCAGCGCUCAAAGGACGCCAGUGCAGACAGUGGAAAGGACGCAGUGGCCUAUGCUGCUUUGCUGCGGAACGAGCUCCUGGGAGCGGGUAUCGAGACCGUCCCCGACCCUCACACAGAUGACCGACGGCAUGCCAUCCUCUCACAGGACAUACACAGCCUCUUCAGGUACACAAUUCACACAAAGAGAGUGCCUUUCGACAGCGGCAACGAAAUCUCCCCGUAUUCACUCUCUCCGCUCAGCAACAAAAGUCACAAGCUGUUGCGGUCACCGCGAAAGCCGGCACGAAAGAUCUCCAAAAUUCCCUUCAAGGUUCUGGAUGCACCGGAGCUGCAGGAUGACUUCUACCUUAAUCUGGUAGACUGGUCAGCUGGAAACCUGCUCAGUGUUGGUCUUGGUGCUUGUGUGUACCUGUGGAGCGCCUGUACCAGUCAGGUGACGAGGUUGUGUGAUUUGUCAGUGGAUGGAGACUCUGUGACUUCAGUCUGUUGGAAUGAGAGGGGAAGCUUGGUCGCAGUCGGAACCCACAAAGGCUUUGUGCAGAUAUGGGAUGCAGCCGGAGGGAGGAAGCUAACCAGCCUGGAAGGACACUCGGCGCGUGUCGGAGCUUUGGCGUGGAAUGGUGAGCAGCUGUCCUCGGGCAGCAGGGACAGGGUGAUCCUGCAGAGGGACGUCCGGGCGCCGCCGGCUGCUGAGAGGAGGCUGCAGGGCCACAGGCAGGAAGUCUGUGGCCUCAAGUGGUCCCCCGACCACCAGCAUCUCGCCUCCGGAGGCAACGACAACAAGCUGCUGGUGUGGAACAGCUCGAGCCUUGUGCCUGUGCAGCAGUACAGCGAGCAUUUAGCGGCGGUGAAGGCCAUCGCCUGGUCACCCCAUCAGCACGGCCUCCUGGCAUCCGGAGGAGGCACCGCUGACCGCUGCCUCCGCUUCUGGAACACGCUCACAGGACAGGCGCUGCAGAGCACUGACACCGGCUCACAGGUCUGCAACCUCGCCUGGUCCAAACACGCCAACGAGCUGGUCAGCACACAUGGUUAUUCACAAAACCAGAUCCUGGUGUGGAAAUAUCCAUCACUCACGCAGGUGGCCAAGCUGACCGGACAUUCGUACCGUGUGCUGUAUUUGGCUGUGUCUCCAGAUGGCGAAGCUAUAGUGACAGGAGCAGGAGAUGAGACACUCAGGUUCUGGAAUGUCUUCAGCAAAACACGCUGCACCAAGGAAUCCAAGUCAGUGUUGAAUCUGUUCACCAGGAUACGGUAGUGUCGGAGGCAAGAGGAGGCUUUUCAGAGAGAGCCUGACGUCUCUUCCUCCUCUUCAUGCUCCUCCCCAGUGUCUUCGUAAAAAAAAAUCCCACACCCGAUGAGCGAGUCUGUUUGUUAGCGUCCCGACUUUCUUAUUACUGUAUCAUGUGAGAGUCCAGAAGGACGUGGUGUAUUGUAAGUAGAGAGAAACGGUUUAUCUAUACGUCUGUCGGAACGGCAGAUAUUUUCAAUAUUUUCUAUGUGCUGAUGCAAAUGGGAUCUUGUUAUCCGACAGAUGACCAUACGGAAAUAAACACACUACUGCAGGA